AUGAAAGAAAAGAUUUUUAAUGAAUUAACAAGAAAGAUGAAGAGGAAAGAAAUAUCUGCGAAGAUAUAAAGAGAGGAAAAUAAAUAAAUAUUAAUAAGAUAAAGAAAUAAUAAGAAAUACAUAUAGAGUAUUUAGGGAAUUUAAUAAGAAAGGAAAAAAGGAAAGCUUUAUUUAGUUGAAAUGGCCACCUAAAACGUCGAAGAAAUGGAUACCAUCCAAAAGAUGAACUACGAAGCCACUGUCAAUAUGGGCAGAUAGGAUUUGAUUACCCGUGAAUAUACUUUUUAUAGUGAUUACGAAUUCAUUCCCAUCCAAGAAGACAGAAAGCAAUAAAUGGAAGAUGCUUUGAACAACUUACAUAAAAUUAUCCAUCCUACUGUCACUCAAUUAAAAAAGAAAGCCAACGUUUAAGAAAUCCAAGAUAGAGUUUUCAGAAAGCUUUAAGGUUGGGAAGGUGAACUUAACACCUGCGUUUUCUCAGCUAAGAAUGUUCGUGACUCUAACUUCUGCGCUGACAGAUUUACCAAUCGUAUUAACACUGAAGGUGUUGAAUUUGUUAAACAAAUCCUCAGAGAAUAUUGA